AUGCGCGGCUCGAGAGCGGGCGUCUGGUUGGCGCUGGCCGCGUCGCUCUUGCACGGUAAAGCCACCGGCGUCCCCCUGCCGCCCUCUGCUCCCCCGCGGGGUCCCGGGAGCAUCCAGGGCGGCUCUGUGCGCCCCGCGCCUGGUGAAGUGUCCCUGCAAGGCGAGUUCCAGAGGAAGCUGUACAAGGAGCUGGUCAAGAACUACAACCCCCUGGAGAGGCCCGUGGCCAACGACUCGCAGCCGCUCACCGUCUACUUCUCCCUGAGUCUCCUGCAGAUCAUGGACGUGGAUGAGAAGAACCAAGUUUUAACCACCAAUAUUUGGCUGCAAAUGUCUUGGACAGAUCACUAUUUGCAAUGGAAUAUGUCAGAAUACCCGGGCGUGAAGACGGUUCGUUUCCCUGAUGGCCAGAUUUGGAAACCAGACAUUCUUCUGUACAACAGUGCUGAUGAGCGGUUUGAUGCCACAUUCCACACCAAUGUCCUGGUGAAUUCUUCUGGACAUUGCCAGUACCUCCCUCCAGGCAUAUUCAAGAGCUCCUGCUACAUUGACGUGCGCUGGUUUCCCUUUGAUGUGCAGCAGUGCAAGCUGAAGUUUGGGUCUUGGUCGUACGGAGGCUGGUCAUUGGACCUGCAGAUGCAGGAGGCAGAUGUCAGCGGCUAUAUCCCCAACGGGGAGUGGGACCUCGUGGGUAUUCCGGGCAAGAGGAGCGAGAAGUUCUAUGAGUGCUGCAAAGAGCCAUACCCAGACGUCACCUACACAGUGACCAUGCGCCGCAGGACGCUCUACUACGGCCUCAACCUGCUCAUUCCCUGCGUGCUCAUCUCGGCCCUGGCCCUGCUGGUGUUCUUGCUCCCUGCAGACUCUGGGGAGAAAAUCUCCCUUGGGAUAACUGUCUUACUCUCCCUGACUGUCUUCAUGCUGCUUGUGGCCGAGAUCAUGCCCGCAACAUCCGAUUCGGUGCCCUUGAUAGCCCAGUAUUUCGCCAGCACCAUGAUCAUCGUGGGCCUCUCUGUGGUGGUGACGGUGAUCGUGCUGCAGUACCACCACCACGACCCAGACGGCGGCAAGAUGCCCAAGUGGACCAGAAUCAUCCUUCUGAACUGGUGCGCGUGGUUCCUGCGCAUGAAGAGGCCUGGGGAGGACAAGGUCCGGUCGGCCUGCCAACAUAAGCAGCGCCGCUGCAGCCUGGCCAGCGUGGAGCUGAGUGCCGGGGUUGGGCCUCCGGCGCCCAAUGGGAACCUGCUGUACAUCGGCUUCCGCGGGCUGGACGGGAUGCACUGCGCCCCGACCCCCGACUCAGGGGUCGUGUGCGGCCGCCUAGCCUGCUCCCCAACGCAUGAUGAGCAUCUCCUGCACGGCGGGCAGCCCUCCGAGGGGGACCCAGACCUGGCCAAGAUCCUGGAGGAGGUGCGCUACAUUGCCAACCGCUUCCGCUGCCAGGACGAGAGCGAGGCGGUGUGCAGCGAGUGGAAGUUUGCGGCCUGCGUGGUGGACCGCCUGUGCCUCAUGGCCUUCUCCGUCUUCACCAUCAUCUGCACCAUUGGCAUCCUCAUGUCCGCUCCAAACUUCGUCGAGGCUGUGUCCAAAGACUUCGCGUGACUUCGCGUGGUUCUGUAGGUAUUUGAAACACACAGGUGGACAGUUGCUGGCUCAGUGAGACUUUGGGGUGCUAAUCCCUCAGAAGCAUUCAAUGUGACUACUCUGACCUUCCCUGACAGCCGUCAAUCAUGUUGGUUAUUGUUUCCUCAUUUCUUUCAAUAACAACCCCAGCACCUGUUGGUUGAAGCCCUCAGAUGAGCUGAUACCCUUGACACGUUGUUAUGCAGCAGGGCCACUGAACAUUUUGCCCAUUUGCAGGAGAGCCCUUCAGAGAGGUCCAGAAACCUGGAUCGCCAGGGGCAGCCUGUAGAGUUGGUUUUGCAUGUGUGCAUGUCACCUGCCAGGGAGGACUACAUGAAACUGCAGCGUAUGCUCGUGCCUGUGCAUAAACCUAGACUGACGCUAACAGUAAGCCAAAUGCAAUAAUUCCACUCUAAUAAUUGGUGAGAAGAAACCAAACCAAAAAACAAAACAAAACAAAAUGAAAA